CUUUGCGCUAAGAGAACCAGUGGACCUGAAGGGAACGGAAGUGCAUUUUGUUGUCACAGAAUCGAGGUUCUGACAUAUUGACGUAUUAUUGUUCUGUUGUAAGGUUAUUUCUUGAAACGUAAUCAUUUACAGAUUGAGUGACACAUCCUGCACGUGAGAUGGGGAAGGGUGGCAGCAAGCUGAAGCCGGAGAUGCUGGAGGACCUGCGGGCCAACACACAGUUCAACGAGGAGGAGCUCCAGGAGUGGUACAAGGGUUUCCUGAAGGACUGCCCCAGUGGCCACCUUUCUGUGGAAGAGUUCAAAAAAAUAUACGGAAACUUUUUCCCAUAUGGUGACGCUUCCAAAUUCGCAGAGCAUGUGUUUCGUACGUUUGACACAAACGGUGAUGGCACCAUCGAUUUUAGAGAAUUUAUCUGUGCUCUUAGUGUCACAUCGAGAGGAAAGCUUGAACAGAAAUUAAAGUGGGCUUUUAGUAUGUACGAUCUAGAUGGGAAUGGAUACAUUUCAAGAGGAGAGAUGCUUGAAAUUGUUACGGCUAUAUACAAGAUGGUGGGUACUGUGAUGAAGAUGCCAGAAGACGAGUCGACACCAGAGAAACGAACAGACAAGAUCUUCAGACAAAUGGACAAGAACUUUGAUGGGAAAUUGUCCAUUGAUGAAUUUAUUGAGGGCGCAAAAAGUGACCCAUCGAUAGUGCGCUUACUACAGUGUGAUCCAAACUCUUCACAGAGUUGAAGACCGUGCAUUGACUUGUUGUUUUCUGUGGUUGGUUUGUAUAUUUAUCCUAAAUGAAAGAUGUAACUACAGAGAGCAUGCAAGAAGAAGGAACGCCUGUCCACGUAACGGCAUGAAGACUGCAAAUAAGGAUGUGACUCUUGGGGAACAUUAUUUAUGGCAUCUCCCUGUCAGUAAAUAGCAUUCAUGAAUUUGCAUAAACGAACUGAUAAAAAGUACAAAUAAAAAAUUCUCAGUUUAAGCAUGCUUUUGAGGUAUUCUUGGAAAUGAUUGUGUCUCAGGACUCAGCUUGUACAUGAUAUUUGCUCUAGCUAUUUUUCUUAAUAUUAUAUCUGGCAUUCUUACAGUAAUUGCAAGGUAGCAUGGAGACACUAAAGCCAAACAUUCUGUCUGUACAAAAAUGAUUAAAAGACCAAUUUUGGCUUGUGACUAAUUCUUCUUUUCAAACAAUAUGAGCAUUAUCUAUCUCUAUGUUUGUAUAUCCGUCCGGUUUGUAAACAGUCAUUAUAUUCAAUAAAACUGAACCAAAAA